AUGUUGCUUAUACUUUUCCUUAGUGUAUUUCUGGUGUUCAAAGAGGUUACAGCCGGAUAUCCGUAUGUCAAUAAGACAAAGCUUUAUUUACAUUCAGCCCUUCACGUUUCAAAUUUGAACGAGUCGUGUCUGCGUUGUCUGUGCCACGUAGCGGGCUGUGAUCUCGGUCAUAGCUGUACCGAUGGUUACUGCGGACCCUUCUACAUCUCCAGGGUCUAUUGGGUGGACGCCGGUAAGCCAACUCUGCCCGAAGACAGCCCGGAAAGGAAAGAAGCGUACGAGGAUUGUGCGAGAGAUUUCUACUGCUCCAUGAAAAUCGUUGAAGGAUAUAUGGCGAAGUUUGGCAAGGACUGCAAUGAAGAUGGCGUGACAGAUUGCUUUGAUUACAUGAUGAUAAAUCAUCACGGGUCCACUUGUAGCGAACCAUUACACCUCACACCUCUAGGGCGACGUCGGUUAAGAUUAUUCCAGCAAUGCCGUUUGACAAAUUGA